UCAGCAAAUAUACAAAUACGUCAUCAUUCUUCUAGCACAGCUAGCUAGCUAGCCGGCCUGCAAAAGAGACAAGAUGGGAAGGUGCUACACUCUUCUCCUCCUCUUUGCUCUGUUGGUCUCGUCCAUGAGCACUUCAGCUCCUUCUGACACUGGAACCCAAGGAACCACCCCAGCCACACCUGAAGAUGUUACCAAACUUGUAGAAGACGUUCCUAACAAGCCUACUGGACCAAAUCCUCCAGGACAACUUAUGCACAAGUUUGCGAGGAUAUUCGACACAAUGACACUAGGUGAUCUCAAGCUUUUGGAGGAGAACAUCGGAGACAAAAAAGACUUCUCAGAAUUUGAAGGAUUUUUGGGAGCUCUUGCUGACGAUGACAAGGAUGAUAGCGGUGAAGUAUACAGUAUGUUAGGCCAACUCAAGGGCCACUACCCUCUACUGCAUGGGAUCUUGAGAGGAAAAAUUUCAAAGAAAGAAAGGCUUAACCCUGUCACUAAAAGUCCUGGAACCAAAGAACCAAGCAGAGAACCUCCCAGUCAAAUCAAUGGGCAGUCAUUAUCGCAAAAAGAACUUGAUGAAGCUAUUGAAAAGAUAGUUGAACAGCAAUUGAUGGCUGCUAUGAAACCCCUGCCAGUAGAGGACCUCAAAAAACUUUGGAGUAUGUUGGCUGAAAAAAAUGAUCCUUCUCAAAUACUGAGAGGACUACAAUCGGCAUUCCCUAAACUAACCGAUGAAUUGAUAAAAGUUGCCGUUGAAUACCGAUCCGAGUUGAAGGCUGUAAUUGAGCAAGUUCUCUUUGAUUACAAACUGGAGUUGGCAGCAGCUACAGCUACUGAGCAACCUAAACUACACCAGACGAAUGUUGAUGUUAAUAGUAAAGAUAUUCCGCCACACAAUAAAAAGGAAACAGAUCAAAAAACCGCUGGAACGAAUGGAGUGCUGUUGACACCUAUGGGAAUGGAAAAUGGAAACAAAAGCCCUGAGGACAAUUCAUUGGGUGAUCCUGGUGAUGUUACUCCUGGUGAUGGUGAUCCUGGUGAUGGUGGGCCUGGUGAUGUUGGGCCUGGUGAUGGUGAUCCUGGUGAUGUUGGGCCUGGUGAUGGUGAUCCUGGUGAUGGUGGGCCUGGUGAUGUUGGGCCUGGUGAUGGUGGGCCUGGUGAUGGUGAUCCUGGUGAUGGUGGGCCUGGUGAUGUUGGGCCUGGUGAUGGUGAUCCUGGUGAUGGUGGGCCUGGUGAUGUUGGGCCUGGUGAUGGUGGACCUGGUGAUGGUGGGCCUGGUGAUGGUGAUCCUGGUGAUGGUGGGCCUGGUGAUGGUGAAAAAAAAUACAAUCGAAAAAAUGAGAAUAGCAAGCACUCCCCUGAAGAGAGAAGACCUGUCAAGAGUGGGGGGUGGUUUGGAGCGUGGCACUUUCUCAUCAUAUUCCUCGUGAUUGCCGCUCUAGUGGGCGUCGGCUACUACUGCAGUUACAACAGGAAAAAGAUCCGAGCAGGUGUCGGGUCGUAUAUUUCGGACGCUUCCUCUAAGGGCCGGAGAUCUCGUAACUAUAGAUACAAGCCUGUCAGCUCAACAUAAACUUUAAACUCGAACUAUUAAUUAAAGAACUCUUUCUAUAACAUAAUGUCUGAUUCUAGUGUUAUAUAUCAAUUGCUCAUACAUA